GGCUAGUUGUUAUAACGUCACUGCUUUAAGCGUUUUAAAGGCCGACUAAGAUCUUCUCGCACUCACACACCAUCCUCGUCAUCCUCACCAUCUUCAGUGUUGUUGCAUAAGGGCGCUGUGGGAGAAUUUCCUCUCCCCUGAAAGAUGCGCUUUGGAUACCGCAUCUGAAAACAAGGAAGCGUCCUAGCACCUGGUCUCAUUGAGGACUAGAAGCAGUGCAAGUCUACAUGGAACGGUGAAAGAAUCUGUAAAAAAAAAUAUAUAGAUAUAGAUAUGUAUUUUGGUGUAAUUUUGGUGGAGUCUCGGAACAAGGCGGAAACCUGAAUGACACUGACAUCUGCGGGAAAUGAAAACAUCACCAUCGAGGCGCUCCACCGAACUGAUAUGUUCAUUCCUAUUGGGAUAUGGUCUUAGAUUCUUAUAAAUCUCUGCGGUCACAUUGACUAGUUUGAUCAAACUGAAAGCUGGACUUUCACAUCACCCGUGUUUGCGGUAUUGUGCAUUAUAUUUCGUGGAAGACGCAGGGGAUGCUGAUGAGCUCUCUCCUUCAGCAGUGAAACCCUGGUCCAUUUGUUUCAAUACACUUGAACAGAGAGAAAUUUGUCGUCCCUUAUCCUUAGACAAUACAGCGCUCGAAACCAGCAGACUUUCACCAGCAUAACCCUUAGUGCCAUAGACAGAAGUGGACAUGACGGACGGACCGAGACACCGAGGCAGCGCGGCUGCUCAAAGCGGAGAGGAGGCGACACAAGCCGGGAAAGCAGAAGGACAAUCCUCCGUGGCUCUGAAGAAGGAGAUCGGGCUUGUGAGCGCCUGCGGGAUUAUUAUCGGUAACAUCAUAGGCUCGGGGAUCUUUGUCAGUCCUAAGGGUGUGCUGGAGAAUGCUAGCUCUGUGGGCCUUGCUCUCAUUGUCUGGAUCAUCACGGGUGUCAUCACAGCUAUCGGUGCUCUCUGCUACGCUGAGCUGGGAGUCACCAUCCCUAAGUCUGGUGGUGACUACUCGUAUGUCAAGGACAUUUUCGGUGGACUGGCAGGGUUCCUGAGAUUAUGGAUUGCAGUUUUGGUGAUCUACCCUACAAACCAAGCAGUCAUCGCUCUCACCUUCUCCAACUAUGUUCUGCAGCCGCUCUUCCCCACCUGCUUUCCACCAGAGAAUGGCCUCCGUGUGCUCGCAGCUCUCUGUCUCUUGCUGCUGACUUGGGUGAACUGUUCAAGCGUGCGCUGGGCCACGCGUGUACAAGACAUGUUCACGGCCGGGAAACUGCUGGCCCUCAUCCUUAUCAUCAUCAUGGGCAUUGUGCAGAUCUGCAAGGGUGAAUAUUAUUGGCUGGAACCAGUCAAUGCCUUCGAACCAUUUCAGGAUUAUGAUGUCGGUCUGAUAGCUCUAGCAUUUCUUCAAGGCUCUUUCGCUUAUGGAGGUUGGAACUUCCUUAACUAUGUGACAGAGGAGCUGGUCGAUCCCUAUGUAAACCUGCCUCGUGCAAUCUUCAUCUCCAUCCCUCUGGUGACUUUUGUUUAUGUAUUUGCUAACAUUGCCUACGUCACUGCCAUGAGUCCUCAGGAGCUGCUGGCCUCCAAUGCUGUUGCUGUGACGUUUGGUGAGAAGCUGUUGGGAGUGAUGUCAUGGAUCAUGCCCAUCUCAGUGGCUCUGUCCACCUUUGGGGGAGUCAACGGCUCCCUGUUCACCUCCUCUCGGUUGUUCUUUGCCGGUGCCAGAGAGGGCCAUCUCCCCAGCUUGCUAGCUAUGAUCCACGUGAAGCGCUGCACACCUAUUCCAGCUCUUCUCUUUACUUGUAUCUCAACCCUUCUGAUGCUGUGCACUAGUGACAUGUACACACUUAUCAACUAUGUGGGCUUCAUCAACUACCUCUUCUAUGGUGUCACAGUCGCUGGACAGAUUGUCCUGCGCAUCAAACAGCCUGAUAUGCCUCGACCAAUCAAAAUCAGUCUAGUAUGGCCAGUGAUAUAUCUGCUGUUCUGGGCCUUCCUGCUGGUCUUCUCUCUGUACUCUGAACCUGUGGUUUGUGGUAUUGGCCUGGCGAUUAUGCUCACUGGUGUUCCGGUCUACUUCCUGGGUGUCUACUGGGACAACAAGCCCCAGUGCUUCAACACAUUUGUGGAUAAGAUGACCUACCUGGGCCAGAAGUUCUGUGUGGUGGUCUAUCCAGCAGAGGAUGAGAAACCCGAAGAUGGCUGCGGGGAAGACGGGAUAGAGCUAAAGGAGGAGUUUGCUCCUUUGUCUGCAGAGGAUAGCACAACACCAAAGUCAGCCGAUUGUACAAAAGCAUAGAAAGAUGUACACACACGAACACACAUACACACACACACACACACACACACACACACACACACACACACACACACACACACACAGUCACAUGCAGGGUGCCUGACUGAUACUGACCCACACUGGUAAAAUAGGUGUAAACUCAUUAAGAACACACUAGUAUACCUUGCUUCAUCUGCAGGGUGGUCGUUUGCUAUCUGAGUGAGGUAGACUGAGGUAGAGAUGAAAGUUAUGAGAUGAGGAGGGGUAACGGAGCUGGAUGCUGUUCCAAUCAUUUACAGUGUUAACUUAGCACCUCAACGUGACCGUUAUACUGCAGUGGCUUCUGUAAAGAAUACAGUUACAUGUAUUCCUUCACUCGUCUCCAGGUUAUAAACCAACAAAACUGAAUGUACAUAAGGCACUGCUAUUUUGGUAAUGUGUGAUUUGUAAAACAGAAUUAAAUCCACACUCUUUGCUGAUUUAUAAGUCUAACUACAAUUAUUUUGAUAUCCACACUCUCCACAGCAUUAAACAUCUGAUCCUUCGAUUCAGAACUACUACUCUUGUUUUUUAUCACACAUGUAGCCAAUGUAGAAGUACUACAACACUUUAUCCACAGAUGAACACACAGAUCACACACGAUAAAUAUAUAUUUAUAUAUGCCACUUCAGGAUCCACAAAGUGUCCGUUCAGUGCAGUAUUAGUCUUUUUCACAUCCUACAGAAUCAUCUACAGUGUAAUAUCGACAAGUAUGUUGACUAACAUUUCAUAUUUGAUUCAGCUGCAAAAAAAACACACUAAAACCGUUUAAUCUUCUGAGAUUUUGAUUUAAUUUUGUUUUGAAUUUUUAAUCCAUGAUUAGAUUGAUUGUUUUUUUUUACAAUAUGUUGCCAUUAUUACUUUUGUUAUUACUUUGUGUCAUUUUCACUCAAUGUUUUUUUUUAUCCAAUUGAUAACUCUGGGAUUUUUCUUUUUUUAUAAGCUUGAGAUAGUAUCUAUAAAAAAAUUAUAUAUAUAUUAAAAACCACAUUUUGUGGUUUUGUAGUUGUCUACCGGACUAUUUGUCUGGUGUGAGCACAAUUCUAACACUUUUAAUUGCCUUAAUUAUAAUACAACACUGAUUAUAUGCAUGUAUUUAGGCAUUCAUGUUAUCACUGUUUUUUUUUUUUUAAAUCAACACUGAACAAUACAUUUGAUAAAAUGGUUUACGAAAAAAAAUUGGCUCUGAAAUUCUAUGCCCAGUUUUGACUCGCUUAAUAGAAUGAGCAUAAAUGAAUAACUGCACACGUUUUUACUGCUGAUUUUCUGUUCUGUUGAUCCACGAACACACACAUACAGCCUGAAGUAUAAGACACAAUCUAAUCACACCAUACGCAUGUGUUUCAUUGUAAAUUAAAUGAACUAAAUAUGUCAUACGUCGUUUCACCUCAGUAACAAAUGAUGUAUUUUCACGUUAUAUAGUUUUUCUUUAGUUUUAUUUUUCUUAGGGGAAAAAAGGAAAAAUAACAAGUGUAAGGGAGUGCUCUAUAUUUUUGUUCUUGACUUGAUUGUUGACAAGAAGACACGAAUAGAAGAGAACUAAAUAGAUGAUCUAUAUAAAUGAGUACUUGAGAACUAAAUGUAUUUAGAGAGAAAUCAUUUGCUAUUAAUAUGUAUAUUACUCUCUAAUAAUAUAGAUGUAUUAUAUAGAUGUUAUGUGGGUGCACUAACUUGACUAACUUUACCUGACCAGCCCUUCGCUUCAUGUCCUUAUGUCACAUAGAGCAUCACAUUAUAUCUGUGCUGCCAUUGUAAAUAAUAAUGAAGGUAUACACAGCUGACUGUACUUAUAUUGUCCAUAUUUGCUAUUGAGGAUUGUCAUGUAGGAUUAUAUUCUCUUAUGUCUAGAUUCCUGCAUUAUAUGUAUAUAACGCUACCCAAAGCUCUGGUCAGUGUUACCAUAGCACACCAACACAUUUGGCUUUUGAAAAGAUUUAAACACAUGAUGUAUUCGAGUGACUGAGGUAACACAAGACAAGCAGAUUUUUUUUCUCACUAUGAGUUUUUGUGUUUUAAAUCAUUCAGAUAUACCUCCCAACAAUAGCAAUGUGGACAGGCAAGUUCAGCGUCUGCUGUUUUGUGUAAAAAAAUGACGUGAUGUUCGUGGUCACAGGGUCUUUGUCUAUGUGCCUACGUAGUGAUGUCACAAUUUUGACCUAAUUAUUACUUGUGAAAAAAAAGAUCACCACUUAAAUGAGUGCUAUUUGCUUCCUAUGUGUAUCAAUAUAGUAAAUGUGUGUAAAUGCUGUAAAAAAAACCAAGCAAUAAAAUGUUUAGCGCUGACUUUCAGGAUACAUCUGAAGUCUCAUCUUAAAUAAAAAAAGAGAAACACAAAGAAUAGUUGGAUAAAUUAUAUAAUGUAGUCUACAGAAAGGAUAACCUAAAUUAAUAUAAGUAUAUUUCAAAUUCUAUACACAUCAUUUUGAAGAGCUUAAGACCUUACUAGGUCUUUAAUGUUAUGUGUUAAUCAAUAUAAAGUCUUACAUUGUUGCACAUUCAUUGCAAACUGUUAGUACAUAUUUUGUACAUGCUAUUAAUUCCUUCAGACUUUGGAACAUAGUCCACUGAAAUCCAUGCAAAAUGCCAGCGUAACCCGUGACUGAGCUCUUUAGAUGUGUUCACAGAUUAUGACUGUACCCUCAGCAACACGUGAUUGGUGUUUGUGAGAUGUAUUUUGUCAUGUUUCAACUUUUCUUUAUGGUUUCUGUUAGCUGUUUUAGUCAUAUUUACACUUUUUUACAUCACAUACAAAACGUGUGAUAAAUUCGUUAAAAAUAUCAAUCUAAUGUCAUAGAACACAUUACUUCCAGAGGAAGUUUCUACUAAUCUCAUUUCUUAUGUAUUUUGUAUGUUUCAGUUGUGUAUCGAAGAAAAAAUAAAUAUGUACAUUCAAAAGAAA